AUGAAAGCGGCGAACGCCUGCCGUUACCGGCCUCUGCGAACCGCCGCAUCCACAUGCGAGCGGCCUCCCGCCUCCGCCCGUGACGAAUUCGCCGGCGAUGGAAGCGCCUGCAAACGUCGCGAGGAAAUGACGCAGAAGCACCUAUUGAAUCAUGAAGAAGGUGCAGCUAAAAUUGGGGUGAAACAGACUACUAUGAAUCCAGAGAAAUAUCCCCAUCCUCAAUUCCCCGAACUGACACUAUGGGAUCUACCUGGAAUUGGGACACGUGAAUUUCAUCCAAAGGAAUACUUAAAGAAGGUAAAUUUCAGCAGGUAUGACUUCUUCAUCAUUGUGGCCUCAGAACGCUUCACUGUGAAUGAUGCCAUGCUGGCCUCAGAAAUUCAAAAGAUGGGCAAGCGGUUUUACUUUGUUCGCACCAAAGUGGAUCAGGCUAUGGAUUCUGAACGAAGGAAGCCAGACUUCAGUGAGGAACAGACCUUGGAAGAGAUAAGAAAAUACUGUGUUUCCAAUUUGAAAGAAGACGGAGCAGACAAUCCAAGGGUUUUUCUCAUAUCCAGUUGGCAUUUGAAUAUGUAUGAGUUCCCUCUCCUGCAGAUGACCCUAGCAAAUGAACUGAAUGAUCUCAAGAGACCUCUCCUGAUUAUGGCUAUGCCAGCUUUCUCAAGAGAGAACCUGCAAGAGAAAAAGGCUGCUAUGGAGGCCGUUAUCUGGAAAAAAGUCCUGUUGUCCUGUGCCGUUGGGGUGAUCCCUGUGCCGGGUCUCUCUCUAGCUGUUAACAUCAGCCUGUUGGUGACAACUCUGAAAGAUUUCUGCAAGGCCUUUGGCUUGGAUGAAGAUUCCCUCCAUAACCUAGCAAAGCGGGUUGGCAAACCUAUUGAUGUGCUGAGAUCUGCUGUCAAAAACACUCCGAUGGCCAGCCAGAUUGAUGCAGAAUUUGUGUGGUCUCUAAUGACUUCAUCAAAGAUUGGUGAAGCUGUAAUGGUGCUGGGAGAGCUUUCCGUGCUCAUUCCUAUCAUAGGCUCUCUAAUUGGUGGAGCAAAUUCUUUUACUACCACAUUUUACAUGCUGAAGCUCUUCUUGGAAGACGCAAUGGAAGAUGCCGAGAGUAUUCUGGCAAAAGCUGUUGAGUAA